AUGACGGUCAUUACCAGUGCGAGCGGCCUGCUGGCCAUGCUCGACGAGGAAGAACCGGCUCUCCGCGUGUACGCUCUUAAGAAUCUGAAUCUGCUCGUCGGCCAGUUCUGGGCCGAGAUCUCCGCGAACAUCUCCACCAUUGCAAACGAACUUCAACCUUUCCUCUCGUAUGCGUGCAUGGGUUCACCUGUGCAGGUGUUUUACUAUCUGGGCGAGCUCACCGACUCGCUCACGUACGCGCUUGGCGCGGGGUCCCUCUUUGACGUCUCGGAGGACUCGGAAUACGUGCAGACGCUCAUUGGUGCGUGCGUGGGUGCAUGGGCGAACGGGCGCAUGGCCAAGUGCAUUGACGAGUACAUGGAUCUCAGUGUCAAGCGCGCCGACUCCCAUGACCCUGACGCCGACUAUCCUCUUGACCCGCGCCUCGUGGCCAUCGUAGAGAGGAUGCUGGACAACUGCAUUGAGGAGCGUCAGUUCCAGCAGGCCAUCGGAGUGGCGCUGGAGUGCCGCCGCCUUGACAAGCUCGAGGCUGCCGUUGCGAGGAGUGGCAACUCUCGCUCCCUGCUCGCCUACUGCCUCCAGGUCUCUCAUUCCCUUGUCAACCGCCGACAAUUCCGGCAGCAGGUACUGCACCCGACCCUCGCCUUCUCUUGCUCUCCUUCACCCUCUCAUCACCCUCUCCCUCGCCCUCUCUUCACCCUCUCCCUCGCCCUCUCUUCACCCUCUCCCUCGCCCUCUCAUCACCCUCUCCCUCGCCCUCUCUUCACCCUCCCUGCGCCCCUCAUCACCCUCCCUGCGCCCUCUCUUCAUCCUGCCACCUGUGCUGUCCACACUGGUGCGGCUGCACCAGCAAGCAGAGACCCCCGACUACGGCAGCAUAUGCCAGAUGCUCAUGUUCCUCAGCGACUCCCUCCUCUCCUUACCCCUUGCCCCUCUCCGUUGUUCAUUCCCCAGGUUUUGUCAACAUUGGUGCGUCUAUAUCAGCAGGCAGAGACCCCCGACUACGGCAGCAUAUGCCAGAUGCUCAUGUUCCUCAGCGACGCAGCAGGGGUGGCGGCGACACUGGACCGACUCAUCAAGGGGCAGAACGAGUCGGACGCUUUAUUAGCGUACCAGGUCGCCUUUGACCUGUUUGAGAACGAGUUUCAGCAGUUCCUGCUGUCUACGGAGGAAGGGAAGGAGGGAGAAGGAGCAGCAAAGGCAGAGGGCGGAGAGGCGACAGAUACGGCUACAGCAGCUGCUGAAGAUGGGGCAGCCAAACCUGCUGCCGAGGUUGACGGGACAAGCACCAUGGACACUACCGAGGCAGCUGGUUCUGGUUCGGCCGAAGCUGCAGGUUCGGGGGAGGGCGAGGCAGCUGCCGAAGUUGCGCCGAGCGAGGAGGUGGUGUAUGCAGAGCGACUGGCGAAGCUUAAGGGGAUUCUGACGGGGGAGACUCCGAUCGGCCUCACCCUGCAGUUCCUGUAUAGCCACAACAAGGCGGACCUGGGAGUGCUGAAGGCGAUCAAGCAGAUGGUGGAGUCGAGGAACAGCGUGGCGGACCUGGGAGUGCUGAAGGCGAUCAAGCAGGUGGUGGAGACGCGCAACAGCGUGUGCCACAGCGCCACCAUCGUAGCCAACGCGUUCAUGCACGCUGGCACGACAGUUGACACCUUCCUCAGAGACAACCUGGUGAGCAUGCGACUGGCUGAGCUGAGCGACCAACUGGGCGAAGCUGAGUGCCACAGCCGGCCUGGGGGACUGGUUGAGCCGGGCGACCAACUGGGCGAAGCUGAGCGCCACAGCCGGGCUGGGGGUGAUCCACAGGGGCCACCUGCAGCAGGGGCGCUCCCUCAUGGCCCCCUACCUGCCCCACGGGCUGGGGGCAGCGCAGGGGCAGCGGGCGGGCUGAGUGGGAGUGCGUAUUCGGAGGGCGGGGCGCUGUACGCUCUGGGGCUCAUUCAUGCUAACCACGGGGAGAGCAUCAAGGGGUUCCUGCUCGAGAGCCUCCGCAACACCAGCAAUGAGACAAUCCAGCAUGGCGCGUGCCUGGGCGUGGGUCUGGCGGCGAUGGGCACCGGCGAUGAGGAGGUGUAUGAGGACGUGAAGAGCGUUCUCUACACUGACAGCGCUGUUGCGGGCGAGGCAGCAGGGAUUGCCAUGGGGCUGCUGCUAGUUGGGACGGCGAGCGAGCGGGCGGCGGAGAUGCUGGCUUAUGCCCAUGACACGCAGCACGAGAAGAUUAUCAGAGGCCUGGCGGUGGGGAUUUCCCUGGUCGUUUACGGCCGGGAGGAAGAGGCCGAUAUUCUCAUCCAGCAAAUGACGACGGACGCCGACCCGAUCCUGCGCUACGGCGGCAUGUACGCCAUCGCCAUGGCCUACCGCGGCACCGCCAACAACGGCGCCAUUCGGCAGCUUCUGCACUUUGCCGUCAGUGACGUCAGCGAUGACGUCAGGCGCGCCGCCGUGCUGUGCCUGGGCUUUGUUCUCUGUGCUGAGCCAGAUCAAGUGAGAGCAAGGGAGAGAAAGGUUAUGGUGAGGGAGGUUGCUGUUUGUGUGUCGCUCUCUCGCUGCUGUGCUGUGCCUGGGCUUUGUUCUCUGUGCGGAGCCGGAUCAGGUGAGAGAGAAGCAGUGCGUGAAGCACGCUAUAUUCUGUCCCUCCCACUCUCUCUGCUAUGCUGCGCUGUGCUACGCUACGCGGCAGCCAUGGCAGUCGGCAUAGCCUGCACCGGCACGGCGCAGCGAAGCGCGCUGGACCUGCUGGAGCCUCUUCCUCACUCUGCCCUUGCAUCACCCUGCACCGCUCACUCUUCCUGUGUACCGUGCCUCACCACUCCCUCUCCCCUUACACCACUCUUUGCCGCUCUCCCUCCCCCCCUUGCAGGUACCCCGCAUGGUGUCCCUCCUAGCCGAGUCCUUCAACCCCCACGUGCGCUACGGGGCAGCCAUGGCAGCCGGCAUCGCAUGCGCCGGUCACCCCGUUUGACUCUUGUACCGCUUUCCACCCCUCUCUCUCCUUCUUUCUUUGUAGGCCCCUCGCAUGGUCUCUCUCCUAGCCAAUCCUUCAACCCCCACGUGCGCUACGGGGCAGCCAUGGCAGUCGGCAUUGCAUGCGCCGGCACGGCGCAGCGCAGCGCCCUCAACCUGCUGGAGCCACUCCCGCACCCCGUCCCCCGAAUGGUCUCUUUACUCGCGGAGUCCUUCAAUCCCCACGUGCGCUACGGGGCAGCCAUGGCGGUCGGCAUUGCAUGCGCCGGCACGGCCCAGCGGAGCGCCCUGGACCUGCUGGAGCCGCUCACAUCGGACGGGGUGGACUUUGUGCGGCAGGGGGCGGUGAUGGCUACGGCAAUGGUUCUUAUGCAGUGCUCCCAGGAGCGAGAGCCCCGCGUCGUGCCCUUCAGGCGCCAACUUGAGAAGGCGAUUCACGACAAGCACGAGGACACCAUGUGCAAGAUGGGCGCCAUUCUCGCUUCCGGAAUCCUCGACGCAGGCGGCCGCAACGUCACCAUCUCGCUGCGCUCCCGCUCGGGCUACGACCGCGUAACCGCCGUCAUCGGCAUGGCUCUUUUCACGCAGUACUGGUACUGGUUCCCGCUGCUGCACUUCCUCUCUCUCUCCUUCUCUGCAACGGCACUCGUCGGGCUUCAGGGGGAUCUCAAAGCGCCGAAAUUUGAUUUCGUUUCGGAGUGCCGCCCGGGGUUGUUUGCGUACCCGCCGCCCGCUGUUGUGGCGAGUAGCAGCACUGCCGUGAAGGCUCCGGUUGCGGUGCUGUCGACUGCUGCGAGGGCGAAGGGGAGGGCAAAGGAGAAGGAGGAGAAGAAGGAGAAGGAGGAGGAGAAGAAGGAUGGGGGAGAGGGGAAGGCCGGGGAGGGUGGGGCGAUGGAUGGGGUGAAGGGGGGAGAGGAGGAUGGAGGGAAGAAGGGAGAGGAGAAGAAGGAAGGAGAUGCUAUGGAG